AUGCAUGAUCAUUUCAUCAAGUAUGGUGAUAUCUUGGAGGCAGUCAUCAUCUCCGACAAACUCACUCGCCGUUCCAAAGGCUACGGCUUCGUGACUUUCAAAGAUGCGGAAGCUGCCAAGAGGGCUUGCGAAGACUCGACUCCGAUCAUCAAUGGCCGCCGUGCCAACUGCAAUCUUGCCUCCCUCGGUGGCCGCCAUCGUAGAUCCCCCACCACCAUGCCCUCUCCUCAACAAGGAUCAAAGAAUGUGAGUAUGGCCACGUCAGGACAUGUGGGAAAUUAUCAAGCUCAGUGUUACUACCCUGCGGGAUUCACACACCAGCAGCAUCAACUUCAACAACAACACCAUCAUCAAGCCAUUCCAUUCUAUGGGCACCCUUCCUCCUACGUGGCCCCUAGCAUGACUUUCAAUCAAAAAGUUGGUUACGUUGGCGGAGCCUAUAUGAACGGAUAUUACGCACAACCGCAACCUCAACCUCUGCCGCAACCGCAAUAUUACCACCAACAUCACAUGUAUGGUGGAGGACGUGUAAUGGUUGCAGCAAGCCCGGCCAUGAUGCCUCUCUACACUGUCUAUCCUUAUCAUCAAUCUCCAGCUAUCGGUUUUCCCCAGCCUUCUUUUACGAAACACAUUCCUACUCAUCCUCCCAUAUCAGGUACAGUUGGAGGAGGAGCAGAUAGCAUAAUGAAGAAGGCCUUAAGUUGAUAGGCCACAACAAGCUGUUCAUCAAACGAUUCAGCCCAGAAUUAUUCAUUUCUCUAUCUCCCAUGUAUUAUUAUUUUAUUAUUUUACCAUGUUGACAUAAAUCAAUGUUUAGAAAAUAAUUCAUAUACAUUUAAUAUUUUUUCAUUUAAACUUGCUAAUAUUCUUUUGAAGUAGC